GGGACGCGGCGUGGACGGAGCCCCUGCCAGGCAAUUAGAAGUCUGGAAGAUCUGAUUUCAAAGCACACCACAGUUUUCAAAGCAAGUAAAUCUACAUGAAGAGCUACAGAAAGAGCUGAUUUAAGAAGACGGUGUUUGCAAAAAUGUCUUCAAGUUGUGUGACUCCAGUGUUUGCUUUGAUGAUUUUGUGUUUUGCAGAGGCAGGUCCUGUGCCAAAGAGUGAGUGUGUGCUAUCCCCUGUUAACAGUUCGCACCCAGUCCAUGCCUUGUUGGAGAGUUUCACAGUCUUAUCUGGCUGUGCAAGCCGAGGCACAACAGGCCUACCACAAGAGGUGCACGUCCUCAAUCUCAGAAAUCCUGAGGAAGGUCUUGACCAUCAUGAAAGAGAGGUCACGUUACACUUGACUCCAAUUUCAUCAGUGCAUAUUCACCAGAAGCCUCUGGUGUUUCUUCUCAACUCGCCUUUGCCCCUGGUUUGGAAGCUAAAAACAGAAAGACUGGCACCUGGAAUCCGGAGAGUUUUCUUUGUGUCUUCAGGUUCCAUUGUUUGGUUCGAGAAGGGAAAUUUCUCUUUGUCAGCAGAAAUGGAAGAAAAGAAUUUUCCUGAGAGAAAUGAACAUCUGUUACAGUGGGCCCAAAAGGAAUAUGGAGCAGUAACGUCUUUCACUGAACUCAAAAUAUCAAGAAACAUCUAUAUUAAAGUAGGAGAAGAUCAAGUUUUUCCUCCCACGUGCAACAUAGAAAAGAAUUUUCUCUCUUUAAAUUACCUUGCGGGAUACCUACAACCAAAAAGAGCAGAGGGGUGCCUAAUGUCUAACUUGGUCCAAGAAAGGGAAGUUCACAUAAUUGAACUAAUUACUCCAAAUUCCAAUCCAUACAGUGCUUUCCAGGUGGAUAUAAUCGUUGACAUUAAACCAUCUCAACCUGGCGCCAAACUUGACAGAAAUGUGGUACUUAUCCUCAAGUGUAAAAAAUCGGUCAACUGGGUUAUCAAGUCGCACGAUGUCCAAGGAAAGCUGGAAGUCAUUACAUCAAAUAGUAUUGGUUUUGGAAAGGAAACAGAACGAUCCAUGACUAUGAGUAAAUCAGUAAUACCCAAUAUUCCUUCAUCACAUGAAAGUUUGAUCAAGUGGGCAUAUGAGCAUAAAUAUAGUCCAGUUACUUCCUAUACAAAAGCUCCCGUUGCUAACAGAUUUCAUCUGCAACUUGAACAUACAGAAGAGAUGAAUGAUGAAGAAGACCAUUCUCUUCCUCCAGAGCUUACAGAACUGCUGCAUGGUGCAAAGAAUCCUGCAUUAAGUGAUGGCUUGACUUUUCCUUUUCACAUUAAUAGAGGAGGACAUGACACAGGGGGAGAAGGAAUUUUCCCAUCCAGGGAUUCAGUAGACACAUUAAUUAAUCAUGACUUUGAGCAUUCCCUCUCAAAACACAAAGAACCUGAGGAAGUUCAAGGCAGUGCUGAUGUAGCUCUGUCAAUAAAGUGUGAUGACAAAGUCAUGACAGUGGCUGUAGAAAAAGACUCUCUACAGGCAAGCGGCUACACAAGGACUGAACUCUCAUUGCUGGAUCACUCUUGCAAAGCCAGGAUGAAUGGUACCCAUUUCAUUCUGGAGUCUUUGCCGAACAAAUGUGGGACUCGGACAUCAUAUAUCUUGGACAAGAUUGUUUAUUUUAACUCUAUUGUCAUUCAGCUAUCAUCACCAGCUGAAGGCAGCAGCUUUGAUGAUGAUGACAUGGAAUCAGGUGAUAAUGGAUUUCCAGGAGAUGCUGACGAGGGAGAUGCUACUUUCUCAAGCUGGCCUGAAAUAGCGUUUAAUUGCACAAUGCACCAGCCAGAGAAAGACUUCUUUAAUCCUGCCAUGUUCUGGCCUCCUGAGCCACACAUCACCAAUGUGACCUUCAACAUGGAGCUCUACAAAACAGAUCUAUUCCUUACUCCCUCCCAAGGACUCUUCUCUGUUGCUGAAAAUGGGCCAAUAUACGUAGAGGUGUCUGUGACUAAAGCUGACAGAUCCUUAGGCUUUGCCAUUCAAACGUGCUUUGUUUCCCCAUUUUCAAAUCCAGAUAGAAUGUCUGAUUACACCAUUAUAGAAAAUAUUUGUCCUAAGGAUGAGUCUGUUAAAUUCUACAGCACUGAGAAGCUGAACUUCCCAAUAGCGCAUGCGCAGAAGGACAAAAAAAGAUUUAGCUUUGUGUUUAAGCCAAUAUUCAACAUCUCACUGCUUUUUCUUCACUGUGAGUUAACGUUGUGUACAAAUAAAGAGAAAGAUCCCCAAAGACUGCCUAAGUGUGUUCCUCCUGAUGAAGCUUGUACCUCUCUGAAUGUGGAUAUGAUCUUAGCCAUGAUGCAUAACAAAAAAACCUUCACCAAGCCUCUUGUAAUAACUCAUGAAGGAAAGCUAGAAGAUUCUUCUCUUCCAAAAUCAACUGUGAGGCAACCGUCUGUGUUCUAUGGCUUGGACACUCUUACCGUCGUGGGCAUUGCAUUUGCAGCAUUUGUCAUUGGAGCCCUGCUAACAGGAGCGCUGUGGUUUAUCUACUCUCACACAGGGGAGGCAGCUGGAAGACGGCAGGUCCCUACAUCCCCACCAGCCUCUGAGAACAGCAGCGCAGCGCACAGCAUUGGCAGCACGCAGAGCACUCCUUGUUCCAGCAGCAGUACAACCUAACUGUGGGGACAGCAACACUGAGGAACAGCAUAGGAGUGCGGAGGUUCAAAGGACUGUGUGUUGUUGACAUCAGCAUUUUAAUGCUCAAAGUUUGGUUCCUUUAUGAAAACGUGAGGAUGGAUUGUUCUACAGGAAAAAAAAAAAAAAAAGAAAAAAAAAAAGACUGAUUUUCUUUUGGGGAAGCCACUAUGUGUAUGUGUGUGUAAUGUGUGUGUACACGUGCACACAAUGCGUGGGUAAGCACAGCCUUUUGAAUCUACAGCGUGUUAUGCUACAUGUGACAAAGCUACUAACGUUACAGUACUGCAACCUGUUCUAGGGGUCUCUGGGCCCUCAAUGUGAAAUCUUUGCCAGUUUGGAAAAAUGCUGCUUUGUCUAUAUGACUAUUUUUUUUCCCUAAACCGUCUCAUUGACACAAGGUAUUCAUUAAGGGAAUUCAAAAAAUAAGCAGAACAAAAAUUAUCUUAGGUCAAAAGAUUUCUAUUUGUCUAUAGCAAGAAAGCCUGAAGGUCAAAUCUCUUUGGUUAAUAACAUGUUAUUACUUCAGCUGUGUUAGCAACUUAUGAGUAACCUUUGUUUUGUUAAGCUUACAGCUACAGCAUCUCAUUUGCUUUUCUGUUGUGUUUGCAGCUUCAGGUUUAUUCCAGUUAUUUCUGUUUUAAUACAUGUUCAUUUGGUAAUUGGAGAAGAGCACGCUCUAACAUUCCCUUUCCUCUUUUCCAGGCCAAAGCUCUUUAAUAAGAGAUUCUUAAUCCGCUAUACCAAAUACAAACACACACAAACAGUAAGAUAAGAAAUUUUCUUGUGCACUAGUAUAAAUGUGUGUGUACAUUUAAUGGCAGUGUCCUUAUACAAACAGAUGUAUAUCUGAAUCCAAACCUGUUAUUUCAACAACUGCAAAAUUAGCUCAGCAUUCCUUCCAUAUGUAAAACAUAAAAUGCAUAGAUAUGAAACAACUGUCUCGUUGGUUCAUAAUGGGUAGAUAGAAGAGAUAAAAAAGGUGGUGGUUCUACUCCUUUAGCUUCCUUCAAAUUCCCUUUGAAAUAAGAGAUGAUUUUGAGAGGGCACAGAGAAUGUGCGGUAAAGCCUAUUGUUUUUGUAAAAUGCCACCUAUGAAACUAAGCUAUUCUCUUAAGAUAAGUGUGCAGUUGUUUGUGCCAAACCAUUGUAUGAAGAUUGAAAUUUGAUAGUCCCAAAGAAGCGUUGAGAUGCAGAAAGCACAAGAAGGUACUGAUUGUCUCAGUGAUUUUUUUUUUAGCGAAUUGCCAUGGCUUGACCCUUGACUAGAUGCCAAAUGAGAAGAAACAAUAAGUGAUUUUUUUAAUGUGUGAUUCUUUGACUGUUAUGUUGCCACUUUGUAAUUUUAAUGUGUCCUACUGAUCCUUCUCCUUUAGGGAAAAAUGAGCGUUGUUUUCCUCUGAAAAAGGGGUAACUAACUUUCAUAGAUUUUAGUAAAGAUUACCUGUGUUUUGCAAGAGGAGAAGGGAAUUGAUUACACUAGAGUGAUAGCCUGCUCUGUAGUCUGAGCUGCAGAUUUCUUUUGCUGAUUCUACACUUGUGCCUUGCUGAUGUGAGGGUGGUCAAAGUGCAAGAUAUGCAAUGGAUGUUAAGCGCCCAGAGUUGGGUAGAAGAAUAUUGCUCAAUUUGAAUCUAAUUUGUUACUGAUCCUGCAAACAUUCAUGCCUGUGGGUAGCUACAUGCAUCAUCAUCUUGAUAGUACAUGAACAUGCUCAGCUCUGCAACUUAUUGGUAUUCUCAGAGUCAUUAGAGACAUCCAGUGCAUACAGUUAUGCAUGUGAAAAGUGUUUUAUGUUACCAGGCCAGUAAGUAGUCCUGGAGACAUCGGCAGGAGUUGUCAUGCAAGUGUAGCUGUACCCAUGCACGGGAGUAUGCAGGAUUGGUUCUGAUAAGAGGUAUCAGGAGGAUGAAGGUGCUACCUGUGUGGUCAAAAAGAAAGUGCUUUGUCUAACCUUCAGCAGAAUGUAUUGUAAAAGCAUAUUCUAUGUGUAAAGUCUUUAAAGAUGUCUUCAAAGAAGACUAGAGUCUUUAAGUUCAAUCAUAGCUAUAUUUUACUACAUUAAAUUUGUGUAUAAAGAUAUAUUUAAAUGUUUUAGAUAAAUGUAAGUUACUCUAUAUGAAAUGUUUAAUUUCAGUUACUGUGAAAUUUACAUACUCUGUAAAUUCUUUCCUUGUUUUAACCCUUUCCUUCAGAUAUUUUUAUUGAGUAGUUUCUCAUAAGAAGUUUUAGAUUUGGUUGUUGGGAGGGAUGGGUUAAAAACUUUUAUGUAAAAUAGAUAACUUUAUAUUUUUGAGAGAAAUGUGCUGCAUUAACAAUGUUUUUAUAAAAAAAAUACUCUAAUUUUAAAGUGAUGUAGAGAUUUAUAUUUACUGUUGGAUAAACCAAAAAUAUAUGAAGUUCAAAGAUUCAAUUUAUUCGCUUUGAUUUCAAAUAUUUUAGUUAAUCAAACGUGGUAUAGUUAGCUGUUUAAUUCAGAAAUUUUAAUCAAUCUGAAUUAAUUGGCUGUUCAAGGUUACCAAAAAUACAUGGAAUUCUUUAGCAGAUGGAAGAGGCAUUUCUGAUUCGAGAGAACUAAAAUGGACCUUCCAAGUUAAUAGCUUUAUUGCAAAAAACCUACAGUGCUUUCCAGCAGCUGGUAAGUUGCCUGUGAUUCAGAGUACUGAUACACCUGUAAGCUCUGCUUUUAUAACAGCCAUUCAUAUCUACUGCAAGUUUCUGUGCUUGGUGUGGCAAGCUAUCUGAAUGUAUGACUGCAAAGUCACUCAUUCCCAAGUCCAUUGAACGUGGGCUUGUCACUCUGAAUUUCUUGGGGCAAAUAUCUGCCUAUUGUGGAGAGCUACCAGAACACCUCUGUACCACUGAUGUCCCAAAAGCAGGGCUUCAGGGGGGCUGGCCACAUGCUGGCUCAUCACAGUAGUAGCUUCUAGCCUAACCAAAUUUACUCCAAAGGAACUUCUUAUGCAAGAAUGGGAGGACUGGGCUUAAAAGGGACACCUUUUCUCUGAAAGCUAUCAGUAACAUACUUAAACUCCAAACCGUACUGCUUGUUCUGACAUUCGCUGCCUAAUCACUAACCUGUUAGAGCCUUUGGUGUUGGACAUUACUAUAUUGAUGUUUCAAGAAGUCAGAGCUUUAUGUGUUAGAAUGUUUUUGUAGUGUUUUCCUAAUGGAAAUGGAUUUUCCAAAAUGUCUGUAGAUGUUGGUGAUUGUAAACUGUCCCCUGCCUUUUUCUAGCCAUUUCUUGUAUGUAUGUACCAUUCUUUUUGUUACGUAUAUCUACCUCACGCUUCACAAGAAGACUAUACUGUUGGUUGUGCUGACAGCCCUUCCUGUGAGGUGACUGAUCUGCCAUGUUGUUGUUCAUCAUUUUGGGGAUGUUCAUGGAGUUAACAAUGUUUUGCUGCCAUGUACCUACCAGUUCCAUGCAGUAUUCUCACAUUUAAAUAAAUAAGUAUAUUUCUUUAGGAUCCAAAUGCCAGGUUUUUUUAAAAUCAAAGAACAUUAGAAAUGUACUUGCUAAUACCUGUGGCCAGUCAGAACACCCCAUUUGUACUACACAUUAUGUUCAGUAUUGCAGAGACUUGUGGAAAGUGCUUAGUUGUACAGUUUUGAUAACCACAGUUUCAUGUCAUCUUAGUCUCUUGUGCACAAUAAAGUAUAUAUCAAUUUAUUAACA